AUGGCUUUGCAGAACAUUGGCCUGGGCUUCCUCAAGUUCCUCUCCUCCCACCGUGGCCUAACGCACGAUCUAUUCGACGAGUACACGAGACGACAAUAUCUCAACAAAGCGCCGGAGAAGAACCCGUUUGGCAAUUCAGAGGUUUCAUUGCGCUUUGCCGAUUUUGAUGUCUUCACCAAACGCCGGAUCGCGCAGAUUCGUAUUCUGCAACAAAUGACGCAGUUCAUCAUCAUGAGCUCCGAGAAGUUGCGGGAUAAGACGGAGGAACAAAAGGAUACAGAUCAGACGAACUGGCGGAUUGAACCCUACGGAUGGGAUCGACAUGAUCGAACAUACUACGUGCUCGACGACAACCGAUUGUACCGCAUGUCGGAGGCGCCGGCGGCACCAGCAAAACCUAAGAAGAACACCAAGAAGGCGAAAGCAGCACAACGUGCCAACAAACGGCGCCGCGUAGCAUCUGGUGCCGCGAGCGAUACCGAGGAUGCUGGAGACGAGGCCUCUGAAGCUGGCGCGCCCGCCGAACCAGAGGAUGAUGGGCUUGGAGGCAUGAAAUGGGAAUGCUUAGCCGCCACCUUGAGCGAGGUCCGCGACUUCAUUUCAUCCUUGGAGAAAACCAAAGACCCCAAUGAGAAGAUUCUCCGCAAUCAGAUUCAAGCUCAUCUCCUGCCGAUCCUCGAGCAACAGGAAGAAUCCAGAAGACGUAAACAACUACAACGAGAAAAGGAGCUUCUGAACCUGGAGAAAAUGGCGCACGCUAAGAGGUCGAGUCGAAUCGCUGGCAAGCUUGAACACCGUAAAGAGGAAGAACGUGCCCGCGAAGAAGAGCGGAGGCAACGCGAGGAAGAGGCCGCUAGACGCAAGGAGGAGACGAAACGGGCAAAGAUGGAGCGCGAAAGAGAACACAGGCUGAUGUCAAGAGAGCGCCGGCUGAAGGAGAGAGAGGUUCGACGUCUUCAGCAUGAGGAGGAGUUGGCUCAGCUGUCCGAGGACAGCAAGAGCACAGCCUCUGCCCGUAUGUCAGACCGUCGAAGGAUUUCCGAGAUCGAGAGGAACAAGAAGGCUUUGCAGGAGCUGGAAGAGGAAGAGGAGGACUGGAUUUUUGAUUGCAUUUGCGGCGCAUACGGACAAAUCGACGACGGAACCCACAGUGUUGCCUGUGAGCGAUGUAAUGUCUGGCAGCACAGCAAGUGUCUUGGCAUCAAUGAAAAGGAGGCUGAGGAGGAAGAUUUUCACUUUGUUUGCGAACCUUGUCGUCGGCGCGAAAAGGAAGCUGAGCAGCGGCCUCUCAUCAAGCUCAAGGUGAAUAAGCAGGAAGAAGCUCCGGUCUCUUCCUCGCCACAAUCCGCACCAACUGAAAACACCACGGGCGAGGCUGACGGUCGUGCCCGACUGGUUGUGGAGCUGCCAUUGAAGGCCUCGUCUGGUGUUGAUGAAUCGACAGAGCAGCCGGCGUCUGCACCAUCAUUGGACGAAGCAAAUGGGGACCGUCCCGCAACGACGAAACUCCCAGAUUCACAGGGGAGCAACCCGUUUUCAUCACCACGUCCGAAUCUGUUCCCGCACGCUCAGCUGUCCCGUGGCAUUCCUGUGUCCGGCGCCUCCGAUAGCAGUCUUCCGGUGCUCCCCGAAAGCGGCAAUGGUAUCUCCCCCACAAAGGAAUCGCACCGUCCUUCGUCACCACCAACAAAGACACUUGCUUCGAUCGGAGAGCCAGGCCGACCUGCCUCGCCUAUAUUGAACAUUACCAACACGUUCAGACCUCGGCAGUCCCAGGAUAGCAGAUCAGACGGGCGGUCAUCACCUUUGCCGCCAUCGAGUAUCUCUCCCACUAAGCACUCGCCUCCUCCUCAGCGUCGCGGUGUCAACGGGACCAAUGGUAACGGGAUCGCCACUCCUUCGCAGAGCUUUGGCAAUCCAGGCGCGUUGAUAUUCCCUCCCGCUGCCGCCUUGUCGCCUUCCCCGAGGCAGCAAAUCCUCACCCCUCCCGUGAAAAACCCAGGGCCAGUCAGAGUCCCCCCACUGGGACCCGCACCUGCCGUGUUGCCUCCUACACCGAACCAGUCCUCUGAGCAAAUUGGCUUGUGA